UGGUGGUUAGUGUCAUACUAUUGGUUAGACAGUUUCCCCUUUAAUGAGGUUGACAGUUAAAACUGUCUCUUACAUUAGGCUGAGUCACACAGAGGAUCCAGCGGUGAAGUGAACAGACACAAACCUACAACUGAGAUAACAGCAGACGUUACAACCGUAGAAGUUACAACAGUAGAAGUUACAACCGUAGAAGUUACAACAGUAGAAGUUACAACAGUAGAAGUUACAACAGUAGAAGUUACAACAGUAGAAGUUACAACAGUAGAAGUUACAAUGGAUUUGAGCACGUCUGUAAAGAUGUCAGAGGCAAACUAUCAAAACAGAGAUGGAUUUAAAGGCAAAACACCUAAUGAAAUAAAGACCAUGGAUAUUGAUGAUUGUAUAUACAGCAACGAAACACCCAUCAAGCCCUGCAGGAAGGAUGGAGUUGGUGAUCAACCAUCAGAGUGUCCGCAAGGAUGGAAGAAGCUUGGUAGCCGUUGUUACUACAUCUCUACUAAGAAGAACACCUGGGAGAAGAGCAGACAGGACUGCAGAGAUAGAGGAGCAGACCUGGUGAUCAUCAACAGCCAAGACAAACAGACAUUUGUCAAUUGGUUAUGUGGAGUAAAGGACUAUGUCUGGAUUGGUCUGACUGACUCUGUUACUGAGGGGACCUGGAAAUGGGUGGACGACACACCACUGACCACAAGGUAUUGGAACAGUGGAGAGCCUAAUGGUGGUGUAGCUGAGAACUGUGCGUAUUUCUACUCCUGGUCAUCAUACACAGGAGCAUGGUGGGACUAUGACUGUUCCUAUCAAUACAGAUGGAUCUGUGAGAAAUAGGAUUCUCUGUACUGCUAGAAACCAUUUCAGACAGAUGUUUUAAAUCCUUAAACCCAGACUUGGACCAAACAAAAUAGCGAAUGAUGUGCAACGCUUGUAGUUAACCAUUGAUUCCUUCCAAACCACUCAUUGUUGAAUUUCUGAUUUCCUACUUGAUGUGUAAUGUUUAUGUCCAAUGACGAUGAGCACCGAUACCUUGUAUCUAAAAUUUGUUCUUAACUGACUUGCCUAGUUAAAUUAACAAUAAAUACAAAUUCUGCGGUGAUAUAGUGAGUGACAGAACACUGAGCCAAUCACGGCGCAACUAGAAAGGAGA